CACAUCGACCGGCGUAACGGAAGUUUAGACGGUUGCUCUGGGUGAGCCUUUACAGUGGACAGAAAACAUAAAAACACACAAAAAUCUCUUUUCUAUUAACCCUCUCCUUUACACCGCCCAUGGCGUCCAGUUCAAAUAUUGACAUUGAGGAUGCGACGCAGCAUUUGCGGGACAUCCUCAAGCUUGACCGCACCGGCACUGAUGCCCAGUCAUCAGAUGAACAAAGGAAGUCAUCUUUUAAUGGAGAGCUGAACGGGUUGCUGGGAGCUGCAGGACUUCUUGGGAGUGUUGAUCACUCUAUCACAUCGGAAUUAUCCAGGCCCAUUUCCCAAGACAUGAGCAGCUCCAAGGACAGUCAGAUAAUCCGCCUUUCCGGUGAUAAUGGGUCCACUUGUAAACCCAUUACUUCUAAUAAUGUGGAGAUAGUGGCAAGUCAAGACUCAAGCAUCAACAGCAAAGCUCGUGGCAGUAACAAGGUGAAGAUUCAGCCAGUUGCAAAAUAUGAUUGGGAACACAAAUAUUACUAUGGCAGACUUAUAGCCGUCUCAAAUUCAUUUUUGGCUUAUGCUAUUAAAGGGGCUAACAAUCAUGCAAUGAUUCGUGUCUUGAGUGUUGGUUUUACUGAGCGUGCACUGCUGAAAGGAUUCACUGGAGCAGUCACGGAUCUGGCUUUUGCCCACCUUGACUCCUCCCUUUUGGGAUGUGUUGAUGAAGCUGGUAAUCUGGUGGUCUGGCAACUCACCUGCACACCCAGCAAAAUCCUAGAUGAAGUUGUUGUUCAUAUUCGCCGUCCAGAAGAUACUCCACUGAAUCCUCAUCGUCGACUUAUUUGGUGCCCAUUUAUCUUGGAUGAUAAUGAGGAGAAUCAGGAUGACAUCAGUCAGACAUUGGCACUUCUACAUGAGGAUAGGGCUGAGGUGUGGGACCUUGAAGCUCUGAGAACUAACUACAGCGCAUGGCCUAUUGAUGCAUCAGAUGUCAGAGAAGGCCUGAUUACAGUGAAGGGCCAUACACAGAGGGUUAGUGAAGGAGCACUUUCCCCAGAUGGAACUGUGUUGGCAACAGCUAGUCAUGAUGGAUACAUCAAGUUUUGGCAGAUAUACAUUGAAGGUGCACAAGACAAGCCGAGGUGUCUUCAUGAAUUGCGGCCUCAUGGAGGUCAGCCCCUCUCUUGUCUUUUGUUCUGUGACAACCACAAGAGACAAGAUCCUGAGGUUCCAUUCUGGCGUUUUCUAAUUACUGGAGCUGAUCAGAACCAGGAGUUAAAGAUGUGGUGCACUGUGUCCUGGACAUGUUUACAGACGAUCAGGUUUUCCCCAGAUCCCUACAACUCCACUGUACUUCCAAGUCUUAAGGCGAGCCUAGACCUCUCUGCUGAGUAUCUGAUUCUCACUGAUGUGCAACGGAAGGUUCUAUAUGUGAUGGAGUUACAACAGGACCUUGAGAAGGGCAAGGCCAGUUUUACUGCUGUUUCUGAGUUUCUCCUCACUCACCCAGUGCUCAGCUUUGGGGUCAGAGAUGUGACUCAGAGUCGUCUCCGACAUACUGAGGUCCUGCCAGCAGAAGAAGAGGGCGAGAGUUUGACUACAGAAGGCACUCAAGGAGCUGCAGAGUCAAAGUCCGGUAUCCAGAUUAAGCUCUACUGUGUCCACACAAAGAGCCUACAGGAUGUUCAAAUAUUAUUUCAACCAAAUGUGGGUUCUAGUCCAGCAGAUUUCCUGCCACAUUCAGAUUCGCAGGAUGGUUUUGGGUUUUCAGACCAUUUGACAGACCAGAGUUCGGAUAAGGACUCGGGAAGUGGAUCCCAGACUGAUCUGAGCAAAAUCCCUUCUCUUCCAGCUCCAGCCGACUUUCUAACAAACUCAGGAGCCAAACUCAUGACUCCCGAUGCCUUUAUGACACCAAGCACUUCGGUUCCAGCAUCACCUGGUAGUAGUGCAAGCAGUCUCACGAUUGUAACUGCUAUAAGCAGCAAUUCAGACUCAACCAACAGGGCAUUGGAUGAUGUGAGCCAGAGUCCAAACAGAGUGGAGAACAGCAGCAGCAGCCUGGGCCUUUCUGCAUCCUGCAGCAGCCCGAGAGCUGCCUCUGCACUUCUUCCUGCACUGGAUGGCAUUCAGGCUCCCAGUGGUCCACUUGUUUUGGAUGGCUCCCAGGUCUUAGACCCUCCUCUUCUCCCACCCUUGGCCUCACCGACCCGUGCCCGCUCCCCUGAUGUCAUCUCAUCUGCAUCCACUGUCAUGUCUCAGGACAUGCCAGAGAUCGCGUCUCAGACCCUGCAGCUUCAGCGUGGACUUGUGUCUGCAAUGGACUCUUUACCUCUCUCAACUCUACAGACAGACAGCAUGGCUUCUGCUGCCUCUGCACUGCACCUGCUCACCUCACCACGAGCCGCUAAUAACAGCUUUUUACCCCUGGAACUUGGAGGUGCUGAGGGUCCAGUCAGUGGGUCUUCAGAGGCAGAAAACAGACUGAGUAACACGCCGUCUUUACUGGAGACGGCUCUAUCUCAGGAGAACCCUGGUGUCUGCGCAGGAGCCUCAGAUGGAACUGUGGGCCACACGCCAUGGCCAGCUGCUCCUGAUAUUACCAGAGAAACCAGAAACAGUCUUCGGGACAAUGGCAUAGUGGACUGUUCAAGAGAAGACUCCAAAGAUGGACACUUAACUUCACCUUACCAUCGACGCUCUUAUCAUCUCACUCCAAAUGAUAGUCAGGACCCCGGAACAGAGCAGAGUGACCCUGAUGAUGAGGUAGCCAGUCUGGCAUCGUCUUCAGGAAACUGUGCAUCACGUUCAUCUCACAGAAUGCAGGUCAAGGAAUGGAAGGGAUCACCAAGGGGCUCACCUAAAUUAAAGCGAAAAACCAAGAAGGAAGAUAGGGAGUCUUCUCAACUACGGCAGUAUAGUCCUGGACAGGGAAAUUCUGAGGUGCAGGAUGAGUUGUUAAUUCUUUUGCGUAACCAGCAGAAGGAGUUAACAGAUCUUCGAGGACAGAUUGAAGCCAUGAAGUGCUCCAUUAUGUCUCAGGUUGAGCACGCUUUGAGCAGCUACCAGGAACAAGAGCAGUGCAGAAUGGAGCGGCUGCUUGUUGAAAGUCAGAGUCAGCAGCUGCAGGAGCAUCUAAGCCAGCAUCUCAGCCAAACCCUGAGCUCUGCCCUGACCAACAGGAUGGACCGAGUACUACGUGAAGAGAUGAAAAAAACUGUUCCACAAACAAUCUCCAAGAGUCUGGAGCCUGUUUCAGGUCAAAUGAACAAUGCUAUUGCUGCUAAACUGACCGCUGUGGAGGUCACACUAAAAGACAAUGUCACCAAAGUGGUCAAAUCGAAGAACACAACAGAUGCUAUUGGUCGAGCAGCAGCAGAGGCCAUGCAGGGACCUAUUCAGGCAGCUUAUAAAGAUGCUUUUCAGACUGUUGUGCUUCCUGUCUUUGAGAGAGGUUGCCAAUCUAUGUUUCAGCAGAUCAACGACAGUUUCAAACAGGGCACACAAGAAUACAUUCAACAACUUGAAAGUCAUGUGAAGAACAGAAAGCAAAGGGAGCAGGAUGUGCGGGACCCCAUGAUUGGUCAGCUCCAGCAGAUGAUUGACAGCUUCCAGAACUCCACUGAGCAGUUGAGCAACAGUAUCUCUGCUAAUGUGCGGGCAGAGGUCCAGCACCAGGUCCAGAUGAUGGUGGGAAAUUUGCAGGAGUCUAUUCUUAGCCAUGUGCAGAGGAUUGUUAAAGGAGAGGUGAGCUUGGCCAUGAAAGAGCAGCAGGCAGUGGUCACCUCCAGCAUCAUGCAGGCGAUGAGGUCAGCAGCCGGCACACCUGUCCCCACGGCCCACCUCGACUACCAGACCCAGCAGGCCAACAUCCUCCAGCUCCUACAGCAGGGCCAGCUCAACCAGGCCUUCCAGCAGGCCCUCUCGGCAACAGACUUGAACCUGGUGUUGUAUGUGUGUGAGACCAUUGACUCCCAGCAGGUGUUUGGACAGCACCCCUGUCCUCUCAGCCAACCGGUACUACUGUCUCUUAUCCAGCAGCUUUCUUCCAACCUUUCCACCCGCUCCGAGCUCAAAAUCAGUUACUUGGAGGACGCUGUAAUGAAUCUGGACCACAGCGACCCACUGACUCGUGAUCACAUGGCCUCGGUGCUGGCCCAAGUGCGGCCCAAACUCUUCUCGUACCUGCAGCAGGACCCCCACAGUGCGCUGAGCAAGAGGGCACGCCGCCUCAUGAUGAUGCUGCAGGGCCUAGUUAACCACUAGUUCCUGUUUGGGACCAUUUACACAUGCGCUAUCCAGGCUUCAGCUCACGCUCGCAAGGGCACCUCACCCACCUCUCUGAAUUUUACAUGCCUUGUUGUGUUCUUUGCGUCUAGAGUACAGGAAAGAGUUGAGCCAUUUGGCCUAAAGGACAGUGCUGUACUGAAUAGAGUCCUCCCCAGCCAUUUGUCAAGGUAGAAGUACAGAUUCAUGUUAGAUGCAUGAAUGUAUUGGGCCAUUGCGGCAACGUUUUUCUUUCAUUUACUUUUAACUUCUACUUACUUUUAUGUUCUAUUGCAUACUCUUAUGACGUUAGUAGACACUAGACAAUGUGAAUGUCACCGAGCUAAUCCACAUCAGCAAAUAAUGCAGGUUUUGUUCUAGGCUGGGACUGAUCCAAGACCUGUCCUGUAAUGUCGUUGUGUCUGUAAAGGCUGGUGUGUUGUUUUCAAGAGUCAACACCAUCUGGAAUCUUGUCAUAUCAGAUUUUCUUCAUUUUUUACAUUUUUUUUAUAAACAUACAAACAACAUGGAACUAGUUGUACUAUACCCCAGCAACCAGAAGAAUUCAACAACCUUACUUUCUUGCUGGUUGUUUUGAGUCAGUUAUUUCUUAAUGGGCUUGACACCUCCUGUCUUCUGAGGUGAUAUACUGAAUGUCCAGAUGUUUAAGAGAAAAAAAAUUUCCAUUACAAAGAAAGCUAUUUUUUGAGACCCCUCUAACAUUAUGUUGAGCCUUACCCACAACACAAUUCCCCUUUGCGAUGCUUGGAUCAAAUGCACAGUGUAUAAGCCGUCCCAUGUACAGUUCUGUCUAGUGAAUCAGACAGAUAUACUACGCCUUCUUAUGUUGCUCCCUUUUAAUACCCACAUUAAGUAUUUGACUUGUAUUCUUUCAGAGGUGUCAAACUAAAAUAUACACUUCUUACUGUUAUUAUGAUAAUGUUCAUCAGGUUAUUUCAGAUUAUAGUAGUGAAUUAAAUGUGCAGUUAUGUGAAAUAGACUCUAGGAGGCAGCACUUAGUUGGACUGCAGAGAUUCGGCCUGCUUUGCUUAUCAUUGGUUUUUCGAUUCAUUCCUGGUCCUGCAGUUUAUACAGACUCCAGUUUCUAAGCAAAUCUUUAGGUUUAAAAGCAUUAUUUGUUCAUGUCGUGUAAGAUAAUGUAUGUACAGCUCGUGUGGCAGAGAUCAUAGUUUAAGGACAGGGCGACCACUUUGUUGCUGAUGGACGCGCUAUCGUUCAAGUUUGAGUCAGUUCCAUUGGAUUUGUCUAGCAAGUGCCUUAAUGUUUUGUCUCAUUUGCAUAGAUUAUAAUUCCCAAUUUGUUACGCAGAGACAUCUCCCUUCCCUUCCUAAACGGUCUGUUUUGUCAUUAAAACGAAAUUAACGGUUCGAUCUAAGUUGCUGCACUGAAGUUAACUUGUAUUUUCCAAACAGGACAAGAAAUCAUUUAUUAGACUACCGCUCUGAAUUCUCUGGGCUUUUGUGUUUCCCAAACCAUGUGCACAGAAUGCAACUGAGGCUUAAACUGCGUCCUUUCUGUUCAUCAAACUGACGUUCUGUUGUAACUUUUACAGUUUAUUUUACCCUAAACAUUUUGGAAUAAAAAAGUGUUGAUUAUU